AGCCGGGGAAGGCGGCGCGGACUAGUCCCAACUCGGAAACACCAAGCAGCAGAGCGGGGGCGGAGGGGAGCGGUUAGGCUUUGUGUCGCAGGCCAGGUGGGCUCCUUGGGCCCCGGGGGCGCAGGGGACGGGGUUCUAGGGGUCAAUGCCGGGGCCCUUUGCCGCCAGCUGCCCCCUCCCCCUUCCCUGCGGGCUUUUGCACACGACGCGCGCGCUUCACACGGGGUAGCGGGGACCGGGUAAAGCCAGCGGGAGCGGGGCGCCACGGCUGACGUAGUGGGGGCAGCAGCGGUAGCAACAGCGGGACGACCCCUCGGCAGUCUCGGCACGGCCAGGCGGGAGCGAACUCGCGGCAGAGCGGGCGGGCGAGGGGCUCACGCGCCGGGGCGGCGGGAAAGGCGCGCAGUGCCCUCCCGGCAGGUGAGUGCGCGCCGCGGAGCGUCCCGCGCGCAACUUCCAGGGAGUACACGGCAGGGCGCGCGAGACCGCAUGGAGGCCACCGAGAGGAAGCAUCUGUUAGACGCCAGGCUUGGAGCCGGGUCUUACAGAUCUCUGUGGCAGGAUGGGGCUGGCAGGAUUCCUCUGUCUUCACCUGGCCUGGACUUGCAGACCGUUGAGCUGGCUACCAAGAGCAACCAUUACUGUCAUGCCCAGACGGGUCCUGGCAGUGACUGCGACCUCAAGAAGAAGAGGGCGUGGCGCCAGCUCUGUGUGGCCUGUGCCUUCUGCCUGUUGUUCAUGAUUGGGGAAGUCGUUGGUGGGUACCUGGCACAUAGUUUGGCGAUCAUGACAGACGCAGCCCACCUGCUCACUGACUUCGCCAGCAUGCUCAUCAGCCUCUUCUCCCUGUGGAUGUCUUCCCGGCCAGCCACCAAGACCAUGAACUUCGGCUGGCAUCGAGCUGAGAUCCUGGGCGCCCUGAUCUCUGUGCUGUCCAUCUGGGUCGUGACCGGGGUACUGGUGUACCUGGCGGUGGAACGGCUGAUCUCUGGGGACUAUGAGCUCGAGAAGGAGACCAUGCUGAUCACGUCGGGCUGUGCUGUGGUCGUGAACAUCAUAAUGGGAUUGAUUCUUCACCAGUCUGGCCACGGACACAGCCAUGGCCUUGAGCACAGCCACGACACCAGCCAGCAGCAGGAGAACCCCAGUGUCCGAGCUGCCUUUAUCCAUGUGGUUGGAGACUUUCUGCAGAGCUUGGGCGUUUUAGUGGCAGCCUUUAUUUUAUACUUCAAGCCAGAGUACAAGUUUAUAGACCCCAUCUGCACCUUCCUCUUCUCCAUCCUCGUCCUGGGGACAACCUUGACCAUCCUGAGAGAUGUGAUCCUGGUGCUGAUGGAAGUGGGGUCGGGGCGGGGCAGACUGAGGAUCAGAAAAAGACAGUUGGUGUUGGACAAGACUGCGGAAUCCACUGCAGCUCAGGCCUUCCUUUCUGAGGACCCCACCUCCAGAGGACGUAGCAGGGCUUUGAUUGGUGGCAGAUGGUCUGCCCUGAGGGACCCCCAGGGGCAUGGACUUCAUGGCUGUGCGGGAUCUGCUGCUGUCGGUGGAGGGGGUGGAAGCCCUGCACAGCCUGCAUAUCUGGGCGCUGACUGUGGCCCAGCCUAUCCUGUCUGUCCAUGUCGCCAUCGCUGGGAAUGCAGACGCCCAGGCUGUGCUGAAGGCAGCCAGGACCUGCCUGCAGGGUAGGUUCCACUUCCACACCGUGACCAUCCAGAUAGAGGACUAUUCUGAGGACAUGAAGGACUGUCAGUCAUGCCAGGGUCCCUCGGACUGACUGCCUGGCCAGGCACCAACUGGGGCAUGGACAGGCCUGCCGACGGCUGGACUGAGUGUCCCCCAGGCCCAGCCAGGACUCUGCCUACCCCAGGUGGGUUAUAAACCAGGUCACUCUCCUGACUGCUGCUCCAUGUUCAGUGUGGAGGAGGCUCGUCCCACUCCAGGAACGGGCUCUUCCCCGUCUCCCCCAUCUGACUCCCGCCAGCCCCGGGAUGGGAACUCUGCAGGUGUAAAGCUGGUGUGACCCCACUCUUCCAGUUCCCAGUGGGGCAGGGUUUGGGCCUCAUCCUCAGCUAAUGCCGCCCUACCACUAGCCUCUGGAAAGGCAGUGGGGCAUAGUGAGGGGUGACAGAGGGGAGACUCAUUGUCCCCUCACCUGCCUGCCUCAUUUCCCAUUUUCAGUCUGUCUGGCCUUUGCCUUAUGAAUCCAUAAAGAAGCCCUGGGACAGAGCCCCCUUCCUCUGCCUCUAACAAUAUGCUACAAGGAGGCCAUGGGGAGUUGGGGAAUUGUGAGGACUCUGCACACUCAUACGGGUCUCCCCUGAGAUGGGGAGCCAGGGGGCACCUGAGGCUGAUCUGUGCCUGAGUCAUUUCACUGAGAGCCAAAUGUUUCCUUUUCGUGGAGGUAGGGGGCUUCUGACUAGGUAAGGACCUGCUGGUUUCCUCUUUCUUUAUUCCCCCCACCUCGCCAACGCCCAGGAAGCUGUGCCAACACAAAGGUGUGCUGGCGGGAGAGGUGGAGGUGGGCACAGGUUUCAGCUUGGGUCCCCCGCAAACAGCCCCACAGGCCCUGGGCCACUCCUCUUGCCCUGAUUGUGUCCCGGGGUCAGGGAGCCUGACACUGGGUAUGGUUGGGCCAGCUCUGUUGUCGGUAUGGCCUGGCCUGCUCAAAACUUGGGGAUGGAGGACACAGAGGGUACAACCUGAACAGGAACCCCUGGCUUCCUGAGGUCUGUGUGAAGAUUCCUGAAUUAGGAGGUGGCUUAUAUUUCCAAGAUGAAGCCGGGGGACCUGUCCCCAGUCUCACAGAGGAGGCAGCAUGCCCAGUCAUCAGGUGGCUCUGAUCUAGUGGUCUGUCUCUGCCCUUAGGCAGGUCAGUGCCCCUCUCGUCUGCGGACAAAGAAUGUUGACACCUACCUCACAGGGUUGUUGUGAGGACUGGAACUAAAGUCAGCUGAGCAUAU